CAACACCCAGAGGGAUGUGGGGCUUGGGAUGAGCCUGCCUUUGGAGAGGGAGAGCUCCUGCUGCAGCCAGCCCUUACUGCUCACCACGAGCUGCUGGUCGGGUCCCUCUGUGGAGUGCCCAGGGCAUGGUGAGGGCAAGGGGCCACCUGCCCUUCCACAGCCAGCCAGGACACCCCAGUGACAGCCAGGACACGGGCACAGCAUGGUCACCUCCUCAGACCCCACCACCGUGGAAAUGCCCCCCAAGAGCCCUGAUGGGAGCGAGAGGUCUCCUCCUUCCAGGGAGCUGAUCACCAGCCGCACGGGGAGCACCCUCUGCAUGAGCUCCCGCAGCGAGUCCGUCUGGACCAGCGCCUCCAGGAGCAAGUGGGAGAUCUACCACAAGCCUGUGAUCGUGCUGUCUGUUGGAGCAGCCAUCUUCCUCUUCGGGACAGUCAUCAUCGGUCUGUCCUGCUUCCUGAAGGACGAGAAAAACAUUUACAAAAUGUCUGGCCCGGCUUUCCUGUCCCUGGGGCUGAUGCUCCUCGUCUGUGGCCUUGUGUGGAUCCCCAUCAUCAGGAAGAAGCAGAAGCAGAGACAGAAGUCACAGUUCCUACAGAGCCUCAAGUCCUUCUUCUUUAACCGCUGAGAGCAGCCCAGGACCUUCCUGGGAAGGUUCCCCUCCCAUCUACCAAACUGUGCUGAUUAGCCAUAAAAAGAAACAUGUUCUUGUACUCUCCUAGAGGAUUUCAUCCCAGUAAGUCUCUUCCCUACAUGGUCUCCAGUGUGAAAAUGAACUUUGUAUUUCAUCCAAGGAACGUCAGAAAAAAAGGGAGCAGGAUCUUCCAGCUGAGCCCAGCAAGGCAGUUCCAAGCUCUCUGUGUCAUUGGGUCAAUGAGUGACCCAACAGCACAUGGUGGCUAAAGCAAAGCUCCAAAGUUACCUGGGCUAAAGCAAAGCUCCAGAGUUACCUGGGUAACCCCAGAAGCUUCUGCAAGAUACAUCAGCAGAGAGGAGCCAUCUGACUGCAGAGUGUGAGCCAGGCUGGUGUGAACAUUGCUGCAAACUGCAGUUUGGGUGGAGAAGCUGAGAGGCCAGAUGUGGUUCAUCCAGAGGCAGUGGAGAGGAGAAGCAGGACAACACAGUUCCAGAUCACUUUGUAUCAGAAGAGGCCACCACAAUGGGCAGAACACAUCACCAAAGCUUAGGAGGACCAGACGUGAUGCCCAUGGCCAGAACAUUCCUGUCAUUCCUAGAAUUACAGAAUUGCUGAGGUUGGAAAAGACCUCCCAGCCCAUGGAUCCACCCU